AAUUGAUACACAUGAUUGAGAAUGAGAGACUUUGAAAACAUAGUUUGUUCUCCUCUCUGUUAGUUCGAAAAACCCUAGAAUAUGAGGCAUACGAGUAGAUUAUCAAGAUGGUUUACUAAUAGAUCUUUUGAUCUUUAUCGAAGGUUUUCCAGAGAACGCAGAAAUGCAUCGUACGAUGUAGCGAUCCUCGGUGGUGGUGCUAUGGGCUCAUCUACUGCGUAUUUUCUUGCUAACAGACAGCCUGAUUUGCGAAUAUGUGUGAUUGAACGUGAUCUUACGUACUCUAAGUGCUCCACUGCUCUAUCAGUUGGCUCAAUACGUCAGCAGUUUUCUACUGCAGAGAAUAUCCAACUUUCUCAGUUUGGAUUCCAAUUCUUGUCAAACAUUGGAGAGUAUCUGGGUGUGGAAGGAAAAGAUCUUCCGGAUAUUAACCUGAAGAAAGGAGGAUAUUUGAUUCUGUCUGGAGAAAAAGGUUUAACAACCUUGCAAGAUAACUAUACUUUACAAAGGGAUUUAGGAUGUGCUGUAAGUCUGCUGACACAGGAUGAGCUAAAGACAAGGUUUCCUUGGAUGAAUACUGAUGGUAUCGGCAUGGCCUCUUUAGGAACAGACAAAGAGGGAUGGUUUGAUCCAUGGGCUUUAUUGGAUGCCUUCAAAAAGAAAUCCAUAUCUCUUGGUGUAGACUACAUCCAUGGAGAAGUUACAGACAUCCAGCUGGGGAAAGGAAACCUUGUUUCAAAUAUUGAGAUAGUUCCCAACCAUUUGCUGCAGUCUCGACAAAACAUCACUUGUGGGGUGGCAGUGAACACUUCRGGGUGUUGGUCUGGUGCUACUGCAAGCAUGUUAGGAAUCCACCUGCCUAUAGAGCCUCGAAAGAGAUUUGUCUUUGUAAUAGACUGUCCUGAUCUUGUCAAUGAAGAUGUGCUCCUUUGUGACAAAAGUGGAUUUUACUUUCGUCCAGAAGGCAAACACUUUGUUACUGGCCGGUGUCCGCCAAGUGUUGAAGAAGAGCCAAGCAUAGAUAAUCUCGAUGUAGACUAUGACUUCUUCUAUGAAGCACUUUGGCCAGACCUUGCCUACCGAGUUCCUGCAUUCGAAUGUUUAAAGGUCAAAUCAGCUUGGGCAGGAUAUUACGACUAUAACACCCUUGACUGUAACGCUGUUAUUGGACGUCACCCAGAAAUAAAGAAUCUGAUAUUUGCCAGUGGCUUCAGUGGACAUGGAAUACAGCAUUCACCAGGCACAGGGAGAGCUGUUAGUGAACUUAUACUCGAUGGAAACUUCACGAGUAUUAACCUGUCAAGACUGGGCUAUGAAAGAGUAUUGAACAAGGAUCCUUUGAAGGAAAACAAUAUAAUUGGCUAAUAUUGGCUAACCACAGAAUAAUGAGAAUAAGUGCCUUGUACCCAUCUAGUAUAUAUAACAAAUUUCCGGUUUUCCGUGGUAUGUCUUAUUCACCUCGGCUACGCCUCAUGAGUACAUAGGCGGACAUAACACAUAAAAACAUCGGAAAUUUGUUUUUUACUACGAAAAAAAAAAAAGUUUCCUAUUCUAGCGCGCGCUGGCUCCGUGCACUAGCGACUUGUAAUCCAUUGACGUAAUUUAUUGGUAAAGUAAGAAAAAAUUGUCAAAUUUAA